AUGGCAUCCCGCACCUUCUUGCAAUCCGCCGCGGCUUUCCGCCCCGCUGCCGUCAUGGCAAGCAGACAAAGCAUUGCUCAGCGAGGCAUCGCCAGCACCUCCAUCCUGAGACACAAGGAGGACUCGAUUCGUAUGUAUCCCUAUCCCCAGCUCUGUCCCUCCCGCUUCCAGCACUGUCGCGCGCGCGGGGGCUUGCGGCAUACCGCAACCCUAGCAACCCAGUUAUUGACAUUCUCAACUCACGAAGAUCUCUCAGACGACACCCAGGAGAACCCGGGCAAGGAGGAGCAUCACAAGCAGGACCUGCUGAAGAAGCACAAGGAGGGCAAGGGCCACUGGAAGCCGGAGCUGGCGUCGAGCAGCGAGGAGGCCGUCAAGGCGGAUCGCAACACCGAGGACAUCGAGACGCUGCAGAAGCGAACAAAGGGUACUGCCGAGGAGACCAGCAAGGCAGGCACCAGCAUGCGGGACGGUCUAUAA